CUGCCCAAACUCACACAGCGAGUUGGAGCAUUUAAGAGUUCUCCGCCAGGGAGACCAAAAGGCAAGAAGAAAAAGGACCAAAAGCCAAAAUGAAAUUUACAGCACUUGCUGUCAUUGUUGCACUAACUCUGCUGCUGGGAGUCCAAGCCAUGCCUGCAAAUCGCCUUUCCUGCUACAGAAAGAUGCUACAAGAUCGCGACUGUCACAACCUUCCAGAAGGAGUAGCUGACCUCACAGACAUUGACGCGGCCGUGCAGGAUCACUUCUGGGAUGGGAAGGAAUGCGAGAUGAUGUGCUACUGCAAUUUCAGCGAGCUGCUAUGCUGCCCCAAAGAUGUCUUUUUUGGGCCAAAGAUCUCGUUUGUGAUUCCUUGCAGCAGACACUGA